UCAACAAGGCCCAUGAAUGCACGCAUCCAGCUGACUAGCAUUCUCGACGAGUAGUCUUCGAUCCAAGCACUUCGAUCUCUGUUAUAUCGCAUUCAGAUUCCUACCCUUGCACCUCUUCGUUCUCGCUCGUUCUCGAUCGUGCUCGCUCGUCUCAUCUUCCUCGGUCGCCUUUUCUGUCCUAAGCCUGCGAACAAGUACUACUAUGGCGUACGCGUAUCCCGCACCUGCACCUGCACCACCCGUGGCCGCGCCUGUACAGUUCAAUGCAGCCCCGAUGGGCAUGUGGACCACGGGAUGCUGCGGCUGCUUCGAGGACUGUGAAGCAUGCUGCUGCGCCUACUUUUGCCCCUGUGUGGUGUUUGGCCGCGUCGCGGAGAUUGCGUCGGACGGAUCCGUGGCCAUGGAGGAGGCCUGCGCGAUCUGGUACCUCGUCCAGAUCUGUCUCCUCGCCGGAUGCGUGUACUCCUUCGGUUUCCGGUCGAAGCUGAGGGUCAAGUACAAUCUGCCUGGCGAUACGGUCAAUGAUUUUCUCAUGCACUGGUGCUGCCAGUGCUGCGCAUUCUCCCAGGAGUACCGGGAGCUAAAGAACCGCGGAUGGAAUCUUGCAGAGGGUUACAGAGCGAACAUUAUGAGGUUCCAAGCUGGAAACGUCCCGCCUCAGAAUCAGUUCAUGUCCAAGCAGUAGAUGCCUUUAUAUUCAAUAAAAAUGUGAUUAGAGUAGAUGCCCUUACUGUCAAACAUAUUUGUAUAUGUUCUACUAGGCUAGAUAGGUACAUGCUCUUAGAGGGUACAACCACUUGAACAAAAUCAACCUGUGUGUCGCAUUCUAGUCAACUUUUUA